AUGGCUUCCGAUGACGUUACCGACUUCGAGGUGAUAGAAGGCCAGAAGGAAAACAUCCAGUCCAUUCCCAGCGGACGCUCCGCAAAAGCGCUCGCGCAGCUAUACACACCACCACUUACUUCCGGCGCUGGUCAGACGCUGUCCCCUUCGCAGAUGCAGGACGCGAACAGCGCGGCCCGCCUCAAGUUUGAGAAGGAGCUCAUGGCGAUUGACGACUCGGACGACCCGUUAGACGUUUACGACCGUUAUGUCAAAUGGACACUCGACUCCUACCCCUCGGCACAAAAUACACCUCAAUCGCAACUCUGCCCGCUGCUCGAGCGCGCGACCAAAGCCUUCCAAUCCUCGCCGCAGUACAAGAACGACGCCCGCUACCUCAAGCUGUGGCUGCACUACAUCCAUCUCUUCUCAGAUGCGCCGCGCGAGACAUUCGCAUACCUUGCGCGACACAACAUCGGCGAGAACCUUGCGCUAUUCUACGAAGAAUUUGCCGCCUGGUUAGAAGGCGCGGGUCGCUUCACUCAAGCAGAGGAGAUAUACAACCUAGGCAUUGACCGCGAGGCCCGUCCAGUCGAGCGCCUGAUUCGCAAGUACGGAGAAUUCCAGCAUCGCCUCGAGAGCCGCCCGCAAGAGGUUCCCGAGCCCUCAAGCCCCGCACUCCCCGCCGUCCGUCCAGCUCUCGCCGCUAAGAUGGACCCCUUUGCGCAUGCAUCGCCGAGUGCGCCGAGUCCACAACCACAAAGUGCGCCAAAACCUGCUGGAGGCGCUUCUCGUUCGGGGAAGGCUAAGCUUGCCAUCUUUUCCGAUGGCGACGAUGCCGCGAGGCCCGGCUCGACCGGUAGCAUGGAAGGAUGGGAUAGCAUUGGAUCGCUCGCAGACCGCAAGAAGGAGAACGCAACGGAAGCGCGCCCUUGGGCUGGUGAGACUCUGAAGGUCGGAAAGAAGAACACGGGCGUGCCAAAGAUGUCAAUCUUCAAGGAUGAGGUUUACCCUAACCAUGAAGAUCCGAUGUCAGAGGAAUACUCAUUUGAGGAACUUCGAGCUAAAUACAGGGGAUGGAUGGACCACGAUUGGGAUGCUAUCCGCCGCAAGGAACAGAAGCAGGCAAGGAAAGCGGCCGAGGAGGCAGAAGCUGCCGCAAGACCAAAGCCAAAGGCCGCGCCUCUGGCGCCCAAACAGGAUUACGAACAGCCUCCUAAGCCCAAGACCGUGCCCCUGAAAGGUAGCGUUGACGAUGAUAUGAACAACGACGAAAAUGCGCCGCCUUCACAGGCAGAUGUAGACAAGGCACGGGCUGCUAAGAAAGCGAGACGAGAGGAGCGUGCCAACAGGACUAGGAAAAUCAAGGUCAUGGAGGUGAAGGAAGUUCGCGGCGAGACUCAGACAAUCCAAGCCAACCUAGAUUCUCCAGCGAAGCCCAAAAUCCGGCGAAAGAAGACAGGCCCGGAGACCACAAUGACCCUCCACACCAAGGAAGCAAUGGACGAGAUCUACGACAUAUUCAACGAGCCACUGAAAAACGCCGACGAGAACACUUCAGAGAAUCAGAGUGGUGAUGAAAGCAGCGGUGACGAUGAGGACGACUACACGAGUGGUGCCGAAAGUACGGCAACCGGUCGCAUAUCGGGCGCUACGAGCGAGUUUGGGGAUGAGACAACAGCUGGAGAUUUCACACUCGGCACCAGGGUGCUGGAUGUUGAUGCCGAAGAUGAAAGCGAUUCCGACGCUUCAGAUACCAAGAGUGCCUCUGCGUGGUCUGACUUUACUGAGAGCAAGCACGUGCCUAAAGAUGGUCAAGAGGAUGAAUCAGAUGAUGAGUCUGAGCAAUCUGAUCAGUCUCAGAACGAUUCUUUUAACGAGGCAACACGCGCAGAUGUCGACGUGGAACAGCAGCAAGAUUCUGACGUCGUCACUCCAACCUCGCCCUCAGCGCCCACAUCGCUACCUACCCGCUUUGUUCCAGUUCCACCGGAAGACUACGUUCCAGCUAUGCAGCCCUACCGAGACCCAGCCCAGGCUGCUAACAACCGCCUGCCGUUCAUGACGCCCAUCGUCGAGAAGACGGAAUCGUCCUUGGGCAUCGCCACUGCUUAUGCAAACAAGGACUACUUCACUCCCGCGACCAAGACGCCAUCACGAUCGAAAGGUACCACUGACAUCCUUGAAGAUGACGACGACGAUGAUGAUACUUGCGGUAGCGCCUUUUCGGAUAUCUUGAGUCAGGUUAUCGAUGGCUCAGGGAAAGUUGCGAAGCUCGCCCUGACAGAAUCGAAACCAGUGCCUAAAGAGCCCAUCGCCGAACCGCAACGGAAGCCAUUGGCUGCGAAAGAGGUUGUGCCAAAACCAGUAAAGCCGAAUGGUCCAAUUAUUCAGGAUGCACAGUGCAAUCCGGUCGACGAGAACAUCCGCAAGGUCAUCCUACAAGAAAUCCAGCCACCGCUCGAUAGCUACGAUGGCUACUACGCAGACACCGAAGAGAGCUACGGAAAAGGAGCCGACAUCCGCAAGUAUACCAAGGCUCUGAAAUCGGGCAAGGGCGCGAACGACAAGACGGCCAACCUUGCAGUCUGUCCUACUUUGAAGUUUCCCACAACUCAGCGGACAUACGCUGUCAAACGCGAGCUUGGAAAGGGUGCUUUUGCUCCAGUGUACCUGGUUGAAAGUCGAGACCCCGAAGAUGAUGAUGAUGAGAACAAACCUUCGCAGAUGGGCAAGGGCGAAUUCGGCCUGAAGCGCAAGAAUCUGGAGGCUAUCAAGAUGGAAGAUCCACCAACACCGUGGGAAUUCUACAUCAUGCGACAAGCCAAGCGACGGCUGGGUGUAUCUCGAGCGGCUGAUUCGAUUGUUCACGCGUACGAGAUGCAUGUCUUCAAAGAUGAAUGCUAUCUCGUCGAAGAAUUUAGAGAUCAAGGAACGCUGCUCGACCUUGUAAACCUUUCUCGCGGAGAUAACGGCGUCAUGGACGAACAGUUGGCCAUGUUCUUUACUGUCGAGUUGUUCCGCACAGUCGAGGCGCUUCACUCAAAGGGUGUAGUCCACGGCGACCUCAAAAGCGACAACAUCCUCGUCCGCUUUGAUGGGUUGCAAAAAGAUGAGCAUUGGGAUUCAGAGUACAAGCGCGAUGGGCGUGACGGCUGGUCUGCCAAGGGUAUCUCACUCAUCGAUUUCGGCCGUGGUAUCGAUAUGAAGGCUUUCAAGCCAGAUGUGCAGUUCAUCGCAGACUGGCCCACUACCGAAGCCGACUGCGCCGAGAUGCGGGAACUCCGCCCGUGGACAUACCAGAUCGACUACCACGGUCUCGCUGGAAUCGUCCACAACCUCUUAUUUGGCAAGUAUAUCUCUACGAUUGCUGAGCGUGGCGCUACUCUUGGUGCCGGAGCGACGAAGACGUACAAGAUCAAGGAAAGCUUGAAACGAUAUUGGCAGACUGAUAUCUGGCACUCAUGCCUUGAUUUACUGUUGAACCCACUCAUGCACCUUGAAGGUGAAGAGGGGAACAAAUUGCCGGUACUGAAGGGUAUGAAGGAGGUGAGGGAGAAGAUGGAAGAGUAUCUUGAGAACAGCUGUGAGAAGGGCGUUGGAUUGAAGACUCUUAUCAGGCGCAUGGAGGAUGCAGUGAAGAAGAGGUGA